GAGGAACCGGCGGUUAUAUAUAGACCCGGGCUGUGACAUCAUCAGGACCCGACGGCAGAGAGGGGCGAGGCCGCGAGAGGAACCGGAGCUGGAGUGAGAGAAGGACUUGUCAUGAUUUGAUAAGCUAUAAUCCUUGCUGAAGUGCCGGAUCCACCACGGAAAGUGUGAAGUACAGACAUUUGCUGUCUCAGUAACGAGCAGAAAAGUCAGGUUUGAACAUACCAGCACCUGAGCAAUAAUACCGACCGGAUACACGUCUCAAGAUGGAGUUUCCUGAAUUGGGACAACAUUGUUCAGAGAGUUCUUGUAAAAGGCUGGAUUUUCUUCCCAUGAAAUGCGAUGCAUGUUCGCAAAUCUUCUGCAAGGAUCACAUCAACUAUGAACAGCACAAGUGUACAUCAUCUUAUAAAAAGGACAUACAGGUACCCAUGUGCCCACUGUGCAAUACACCUGUUCCUGUCAAAAGGGGAGAAAUGCCAGACAUCCGGGUUGGUGAACAUAUUGACAGAGAGUGUAAAUCUGACCCUGCCCAGAAAAAGCGUAAGAUUUUUACAAACAGAUGCUCAAAGACUGGGUGCAAACAGAAAGAGAUGAUCAAAGUGACAUGUGACCAAUGUCACUUAAACUUCUGCUUAAAGCAUAGACACCCUUUGGAUCAUGAAUGCAAGGCUGAUGAGCAACGUCUCUCCAAGUCAGGUAAUGCUGCAAUUAUGAGAGCUCAGGGGACUUCGAAAUCCAAUGCAAUGCCAUCAACAAGCAAAGAGGCAUCUAGCAGUCGGCCAAAUGGACUUAAUGCAUCUGUGCAUUCACGUUAUAACAGUAACCCACCAAGAUCAUCACAGAGACCUGUCCCUCAAUCUGCAUCCUUGCAAGGGGGAUUGAGUGAAGAGCAAGCCCUGCAAAGAGCUUUGGAGAGAUCACUGGCUGAAUCUUCCAGGAAUGCACCUCCCAGCCAGGCGGAGCAGGAAGACUUGGCCCUGGCGCGGGCUAUUGCAGCCAGUGAAGAAGAAUUCCACAGGCAACAACAGCAGACACAGCAGCGAAGUUCCAGGUCCUUGCCUUGUAAACUAUCCUGACUCUGGCAACCUGACUGUAUAGCACUACCUUGUUUUCGAUUUCUUAAUCCAAGUCCACGGCGCUGAACCCUGCUUCCCAUAGUGGGGGAAGGAAAAAUCAAGCUUCUGGUUUAAGGAAAUAAAUACUUUUUGCUCCGUGAAUGCUCCUAUAACUCUUAUGAUUGUAUAAUUCUCUUAACAAAUCUGAACUUUUCUGUUUUAUUCUUGUAAAUUUAUAAGUACAAGCAAUUGAAUAAUGCAAAGCUGAAUAUGUAUAGUGUCAGAGAGCACAAGAUGCAACUAUUCUAUUUAAUCAUGCGUUGUGUGAUAUUUGAUUUGUUUCUGAGAAUAAAACAUUUUAAAAUUGCUGUGCAAACUAA